GUCAGUUAGAAGUGUGUCUCCUGAAUAUAUCCUGCACAAUAUCAAACACAGCGAGACACAAAAUCAAUAUUAAUGAGGCAUUUAAAGCUGUCUCAAGCUGCGUCUAAUGAGUCGACUGUCAGUUGGCUGGGAACGGAAAUUGAGUUGCCACACAGCGUUUGAAGGAAUCACUGCUGCGAACGUUGAAGUAGCAGCAACACUGCGCAGCAGGAAAUCGCAUUAGCAUUAACAUUAGCGCGCUCAACUGAUUCCGCUUAAAAGUCACGAGACCAAAAGCCUAAAAUCCGAGACUCGAACCCAACACAACGGAAGUUUUAACGUAAUGCCUUGCGCCUGAGCUGCUGCACCUGAGCAUGGGCUGUUCCAGUUCCAAGUCCACGACAGCACUCGACGAUAAUAAAGCGGCAACGGGAAGAACACCAGCAAAAGCAACGGCAACGACAACGGCAACAGAAAAAAAGGAUAACAAAAUGGCAGAAUACCCGGCCUCAGAGGCAUUCACCAUUCCCCUCGAUGACACAACCAGUGCCCCCGACCAAUUAAAUGACACACUUCGUCAGCCGCCCAAGCGGCUGCAGCAACUCAUGCAACAGGCCGCCGAGGCAGAGCCGCUCACCCUUCUGGAGCUGGAGGACAAACAGCAGAAAGCCGAACAGCGACGCCAGGAGUUGAUGCAACAGAAAAUCGAGACCAUACAAAAGAACACACAAGCUCUGAUGCGUGCACACAGCGAAUUAUCUGAUGGGGAGGAGCAACCACAAGAAACGUUAAAAUAGAAUAGAAUACAAUUCU